AAAAGAGAGAAAAGGAAAACACAACCGAACCCGAAGAUGAUGGAUUGGCUGUCAUAAAAACAAACUGGAAUCAUUUUGUUCCUUUCCACAACGAGAAAAGGGUCGUGGUCUGGGGGAGUCAGAGGGGGUGGUGUGUUCGUCCUCCAUUCCGCUCACCUCCUCCAACCUCCAACCCCGACCUUUCCUCCUUCAUUCCUUCCCCUCUCUCUCCUCCUCCUCCUCCUCCUUGGUUGUUUUUCAAUCAAAAUUUUUCGUUGUUGUUGUCUGUGUUCGUUCAUUGGUGAUUUAUCCUUUUUCCCUAGUCUGGUUGGGGUCCCAGCAGGCGAAGAAACGCCGCGGGAGAGCAACCAUACCCAGGAAGGAAACCAAUCACGAAAAAUGAUAAUUUUCCUCCCAUAAAGAAACAAGAGGAUAAAAAAUCUUCCCCCUAUUUAUAUUCUUCAUUCUUCCUUUUGAUUUUGAUGGAGACCUUGUAUGCCGCAUUACUUCAAAAACCCCUCAAUAUCAAUUUCCCCUGUAAAAUCAUCGAACAAGCUCACUCCCACCCUUUUUCCUUCUCCCUUAUUUUGGGUCUCUCUUUCUUCCUCUUCUUCCGCCUUAAGUUUGAUCCCUGUCACCAUCAGUAGCGCUCUGUAGGCGUUUAUUAAGGCGGGAUAUAAACAUGGGUGUCUAUUGGAUUUGGAGUUUCUGGAGUCGAGUUAGACGAAGGAUGUUUUAUGGAAAAAUCAUGAGGACGAUUUUUGAGAACAUGACAGACUAUGAUGGAUCCGACGCAAGCUCGUCUCAUGGUUCGGAUUCUGGUUACGAUGAUUCCGGUUUACAAUGCGCUUGUGGGUUGCCCGCCAAGCUGCGUAUGUCGCAGAGCGCCAGGAAUCCAUUCCGAUUGUUCUACAACUGUCCCAGGAGAUACGAUCAAUGCGACUUCUUCCGGUGGUGCGACGAGCCAUCUCUAACAGGCGACAGACACGCCGACGAGCUGAACUUAAUCCGCCACGAGUGCACGAGACUGCAACGAAUGUUCAUGAAAGCACAACAGGACCACGAGAACGACAGAGAGAAGUGGGAGAUGCAGAAAGAAGAGCUGAUGUCUACACUGUGUGAGGUUCAAGCUGAGCUUGAUGAAUACAAGAGGAAGGUUAAAAUGGCUGCCGAGUCUGAUCUGAUGCCACCGGUUGACCCGAGGUGGAGCAGUAGUGGCAGGGAUGAAAUGGACUUGGGUGAUGAUGCAAUUGAGAUUCAUGCUAUAUAGAUGAUCAGUGUGUUAACCCACAAAAGCUUGUAACUUUUUAGAUGGGAAAUAAAAGCCAUUUUUGGGCUUUGGGGGGGAUUGGCAUAUUUUGUUUUUGUUAGAGAUGUCAAGUCCAUUUGGGAAGUUUGUUGUGAUAUGCUAUGGUGGUGGGGGGUUAUGGUUAUCUUUUUGGCUGCUCUGCUCAUCUCUUGUGAGUUAUGUAUGAAUUGUUCCUGAGUUUCAAUUGGGAAAGAAGGAAAAUUGUAUCAAACUACACAAACUAGAAAGUACUAAGUAGCAGCUUAUGAAUGUGUUACUUUUUUUCUCAAGUUUGGUUUGUAGUAGGUGUUUGAUUGCACGCUGAUCGCAGAGAAAGAUGG